AUGAGUUGUCAGAUGUCGUGCCGGUCUCGGAGAGGAGGAGGCGGCGGAAGGGGCUUCCGUGGCUUCAGCAGUGGCUCCGCGGUGGUCUCCGGUGGGAGCCGCAGGUCCACCUCCGGCUUUUCCUGCGUGAGCCGCCACGGCGGGGGCGGAGGAGGCUAUGGCGGAGGAGGCUUCGGCAGCCGGAGUCUGGUCGGCCUUGGGGGAUCCAGGAGCAUCUCCAUAAGUGUGGCCGGAGCAGGUGGAAGCUUCGGCUCUGCUGGUGGAUUUGGUGGCCGAGGAGGCGGCUUUGGAGGUGGCCUUGGCGGCGGUGGCGGCGGCUUUGGAGGUGGCCUUGGAGGCGGCUUCGGCGGAGGCCGCUUUGGCGGUGGCGGCGGUUUUGGCGGUGGCAGCGGUUUUGGCGGUCCCGGCGGCUUUGGGGGUCCUGGUGGCUUUGGAGGUCCCGGUGGCUUCGGACCUGGAGGAUUUCCUGGUGGAGGCAUCCACGAAGUGUCCGUCAAUCAGAGCCUCCUGCAACCUCUCAAUGUCCAAGUUGAUCCCGAGAUCCAGAAUGUGAAGUCUCAGGAGCGGGAGCAGAUCAAGACUCUGAACAACAAGUUUGCCUCCUUCAUCGACAAGGUGCGCUUCCUGGAGCAGCAGAACCAGGUGUUGCAGACCAAAUGGGAGCUGCUGCAGCAGAUAGAUGUGAGCACGCGGACCACCAACCUGGACCCACUGUUCCAGGCCUACAUCAGCGAUCUCAAGAAGACGGUGGAUAGGCUCUCGGCAGAGAGGACAUCCCAGGACUCAGAACUGGGCAACAUGCAUGAUCUUGUUGAGGAUUUCAAAAAGAAGUAUGAGGAUGAAAUCAACAAGCGCACAGCCGCUGAGAAUGACUUUGUGACGCUUAAAAAGGAUGUGGACAAUGCCUACAUGAGCAAGGUGGAGCUGCAGGCCAAGGUGGAUGUGCUGCGAGAAGAACUUGAAUUCUUCCAGGUCCUCUUUGCUGCGGAGAUCGCCCAGAUGCAAUCCCACAUCACCGAAACCAAUGUCAUCCUGUCCAUGGACAACAACCGCUCGCUGGACCUGGACAGCAUCAUCGCCGAGGUUCGCAGUCAGUAUGAGGACAUUGCCCAGAGGAGCAAGGAGGAGGCCGAGGCGCUGUACCACAGCAAGUACGAGGAGCUGCAGGUGACUGCUGGGAAACACGGGGAGAGCCUGAAGGAUCUCAAGAUGGAGAUCAGUGAGCUGAACCGCAUGAUCCAGCGCCUGCAAGGGGACAUCAGCCAUGUGAAGAAGCAGUGCAAGAGUGUCCAAGACUCCAUUGCUGAUGCUGAGCAGAGGGGCGAGAAUGCCAUUAAAGAUGCCAAGAGUAAGCUCACAGACUUGGAGGAUGCCCUGCAGCAGGCCCGGGAGGACCUGGCCCGGCUGCUGCGUGACUACCAGGAGCUCAUGAACACCAAGCUUGCCCUGGAUGUGGAGAUUGCCACCUACCGCAAGCUGCUGGAGGGCGAGGAGUGCAGGAUGUCGUCAGACUUCAGCAACAACGUGACUGUGUCGGUGACAAGCAGCACCUUCUCUUCCAACGUGGCCUCCCGGGCUGGCAUUGGAGGAGGCUACGGUUCUGGAGGCCGAGGUUCCAGUUCUGGAGGAGGAUUCAGCUCUGGAAGUAGCAGUUACGGUUCUGGAAGCCGAGGGUCCAGCUCCAGAGGUGGUGGAGGAGGAGGAGGCUAUGGAUCCGGUGGCUCCAGGGGAGGUUCUGGUUCCGGUUCUGGAGGAGGCUCCCGGGGAGGUUCUGGCUCCGGUUCUGGCGGUGGCUUUAGCUCUGGCGGAGGUUCCAGGGGAGGUUCUGGUUCCGGUUCUGGCGGUGGCUUUAGCUCUGGCGGAGGUUCCAGGGGAGGUUCUGGUUCCGGUUCUGGCGGUGGCUUUAGCUCUGGAGGAGGCUCCCGGGGAGGUUCCAGCUCUGAGAAGGGUGCAGGUCAAAGCAGUUCCGGUGUGACCUUUUCCUUCAGAUAA